AUGACAGUAAGCCACCAGUUUCCAUGCAAAAUGGGUGUAACAAUGCCUCUGUUUUGGAUUACCCUUGCAGUCUCAGUCUUAGGCUCUAACGCUGCUGGUGAAUUCAGCGUGUUACAUAGUCCACAAUCCUUGAAGUUCUCUGAAUCAAGCAAAACAUCGGAAAGUCUCCUGAAAGAAAUCUUCUCAGCAGCUCUUGGCUUGUCAGUAGAAGAAAAUUCAGAAUGGAACGGUCUGUCCAUCACAGAUCCUUUUAACACCCCAGAGGCAGUUGUACAAGUCUACAUUGAUGGUAUAUCUUCACUUGGAGAAAAUAGUGGACUUAAGAGUAAGAAAUACCCUCUUAUUGUUGAUGAAUAUGAACCAGAUGCAUAUGAUGCUAUCAAACAUAGGAUUAAGCAGAGAUUUAUUAACGGAAACAAUAAGCUUGUUAACAUUGGAUUAUCAGAAUCUGAUGAUUUAGCUGUAGCGUCAAAGGUGUUCGGUGAAAUUGUUCCUCCUAAGAUUCCCAAGAAAUCUUUCAACUUGAAAUAUGAUACAAAUGAAGUGGAUUACCAAUUCUUAUAUGAGUUGGAAGUAUUGAAAAAAAUUACUAAUAAGUUGAAAAGUGGUGCAGUAUCUCCCGAUAACAUUAUUGACUUCUACAACAUUAGAUUCCGUUCCCUUCAUGCACUAUCAGACUACCACGGCCCUAACACAGCCCAAACCAGAGAGGCUAGGCAACUUUUAGCUGAAGCUAUUCAGGAGCUAAAUGAUGCAUUUGUAAAGGCUUAUGACGGUUCAGUGCUCGUAACUGUUGUGACUACUGACGUCGCACACACAAGACGUGCUAUUCGUGCUGCUCCCGAUGCAGUGGCUGAUGAUCAGGAUGAAGAGCAGAUGGAAAAGCAACUGCGAUCCAAUCAAGACAACUACUCAGCUGAUUAUGCUGCAAUCUUCAACAUUAUGCUAUGGUUUGGAAUUGUGUUUGCAUUUUCUUUAGUCGCUAUUGUCUAUGCCGUUAUGGAUAUGGACCCUGGCAGAGAUUCCAUCAUAUACCGCAUGACUAGCACUCGAAUGAAGAAAGAUAAUUAA